GGAGCGGGGAAACCCGGCGGGAUUCUGUUGUUGGAGAAGCAAAUGCGAAUAGCUGGGUGAGGAAGUCUUCAAAUCAAGGGACGCAACUGACCACAGAACCGGUCAAUAUGACACGAGUAUCGCAUGGGGCGUGCAACUUCAGUGACAGCCCGAGAAGGUGAAGUAGCUCCGUCCUCGGAGGAAAUGUUCAAGUGCAGCACUGGAACAGCUGAACCUCUGAAAUUUGAACCGGUUAAAUAACCAUCCACCGGGCAUUGGAUCCUGAAUGACCAUGCACCAUAGCACUACUCUACCUUUGGAUACAGUGCAUUCCACAGAUGCGUGAGCCAGAGGAGAGAUGGCAAGAAACGAAAAGAAAUUCAGCUGGAACUGCAGUGCAACAGCAAUCCAGUGAGCCAAAGGAGAGAAUCCCCCUGAGUCCCUCCCCUCCCAACUCCCACAACCCUUCACCACCAUGACCACUGAACUAGGGAGCAGCCUGACCUCCAUGGACUGGCUUCCCCAGCUCACCAUGCGGGCGGCCAUCCAGAAGUCCGACUCAGGGCACCACGGGCAUCAUGGCCACGGACCGGGCAAGAAGAGCACCCCGCUGGACCCGGGCACAACACUGGACCAGGAGGAGGCGGCCCAGCACCGGGACGGCAAGCCACCCUAUAGCUACGCCAGCCUAAUCACAUUUGCCAUUAAUGGUUCGCCACACAAGAGGAUGACCCUCAGCGAGAUCUACCAAUGGAUCUGUGACAACUUCCCCUACUACUGGGAGGCAGGCAGCGGCUGGAAGAACUCAAUACGGCAUAAUCUGUCCCUGAACAAGUGUUUUCUCAAAGUGCCUCGCUCUAAAGAUGACCCUGGAAAAGGUUCCUACUGGGCUAUAGACACCAACCGUAAAGAGGACACACUUCCCACCAGGCCAAAGAAGAGGCCACACUCUGGAGAAAGGGCGUACAGCCUAGAAUCGGAGACCCUGCGAAUGGACUGUAUAAUGUAUGGAGAUGCCUCUCCCACUCUGGCAAUCAACACAGUAACUAACAAGGUAGCGUUGUACAAGACAGAGAAUAAGGGCAGUGAUAGCCCCCGGAGCAGCCUCAAUAACAGCCUCUCAGACCAGAGCCUUGCCUCCGUCAACCUCAACAGCAUGCACCGCUACACCCCGGUCAGUAGUAACUUGGAGCCCUCCCAGUCUCUAAGUCUACAGCAGCCUCCUCCCCCUCCCUCUACUCCUCCGCAACCCCAGUGCAGUGUGGCCGAGCAGGACAAGCAGCUCCUCUUCUCUGAUUUCGAGGACCUCAGUGUCUCGUUCCAAAACCUCUAUAAGUCUGUCUUUCAGCAGUCCUUCAGCCAGCAAGGUAUCACGGGUAUGCCCCGUGAAUUGAGCCAGCAGCCGCGGACGUCGUGCUCCUAUCAGCACUCCCCCUGUGUGGGCAACAGCAACAGUGCCCACAGCCACCAACACAACCACGGUCACGUUCAUAACCACCCCCACCACCACCCGCCUCUCUCACAGCACCUCUCUCCCCACUUGACUCACAACCAACAUCAACCUCAUCCGAACACUCAACAUGGGCAGCACCCUCAACACAGCCAGCACCCCAACAGUGGGCAGCAGUCCCAGCACCAUACUGGCCAGCCACCACAGAUAACCUGCACUAACACUUGUCUGUCCGCCAACUGGUACCCCAACCUGGACUGGCUGAAGGAGAGCUGUCGCAUUGCCAGCAGCUACAAUUGGGCUGACGUGGACCUCUCUCCAUUCCAAGGACUGAAGGAGAGCAUGAGGCAGGCGGAGCUGAACAACUGGUCCCUGGACCUGGCCCAGAUAGCAGACCUAUGCUCCUCCAUCAACCAGUUCUUCACACGCACCGGGAUCAUCCCACCACAGGGGCCACCCAUGCCCACCUGCCACAACCCCAUGCACACCAGCAAGCCCAGCCAGCACAUCAACACGGGUAAUCUGUACAUGGACUCCAGACAGAACAUGUCUUCAAUGAUGGGACCCCCGGGUUACCCCCACAUGCCCCCCAUGAGCAAUGCAGGCUCCACGGUGACAGGGCACCAUGACCAGAUGAACCAGCAGCACAUGAUGCCACCCGGGCACUACCAGAUGAGGAGGCUGCCCACCAACGACAUCCAGGACGACUUUGACUGGGACGCCAUCGUUUAGGAUCUCCCUGAAAAGAGGAAGGAAAGGAGGGAUAGGGAGAGGAUGUGAGAAGAGAGGAAACGACCACCUGCCCAGAAAAAAGACAUUCCAGAAGAGGAAUAUCAAUCCCAUGAUCUUGGUCUUUUUAUACGAGAGUAUAGAGAGUGACUUUGACGACAAUCAUACAGAAGGAGACAAGUCAGCGUUUGCCAGUCGACAAGUCGGAUGGUCACAUUCGAGAAACAAACACUUUUAGAAUGGUUUGCAUUGUCUCAUCUCAAUGUUCCGAGGGCCAACAGUUUUACAAGUGUCGGUGAAGUAUAUAUUUUUGUAUUCAUGCUUCUAUUCUCGUUUCUUUCCACUGAAAGCUGACAUUGGAAGCUAGAGUUUGUGAUUCACAAUAACUUUGUUUUCAAGGGAUGACCGCCUGCCACAACUGAAAGGAAUGGGCGCGGAUGAAAAAGAUAAGUGCUAGUAUACAUAUGAACAAGACUUGUCUCAAAGUGAUACAUUUUUGUUCCAUCACUACACAGACAUCUGGCAUCUUGCCAGUUAGUCCGGACAGUAUUGCAACUCCUUGUCCCUCAAUGUAGCACCCCUCACCUAUCUGACAGGAGUGAUCCAUGGAAUGAUACUUUCGCCACUUCCAAGAAAUAAAUUUAGUUUGAAAUUUGAUAAGGAAAGACCAGAUAAGGAUGCUCAUUCCAACAAGUGUCUGAUCUCUUUGACUGACUCAAACAAUGCCAACUGUAUGGAAUUGAGCACCAUCUUGUGGUUGCAGGCUUAUAUUGCAGAGGGAAUUGACCGUAUUUGGUCAGAGGAGAAAUCACAUUGCACCAGAUGUCGGUUCAAAUGAUUUUUUGAAAUCAUUCAAAUUCUUUGAGCAUUUGUUUCAGCCCGCCUUGAGUGCCAGAUGGGCGGGGCUUGCACUUUAAGGACGGUUCUAUUGGUUCCAUCGCAAAGGGCAUGCUAAAUCAAGCACAGCUGAAGUUUUAUAUAUGAUUUGAAUCCAUGUAUGAAUUGCACCCUUAUAUUUUUAUUUUUUAUCCUUAAUGUCUACGUAACUUGCUUUAUCUUUCAAUGGUUUGAUGAACAAAACACUUCCACUGCAGCGGUUAUUUUGUGCUUCGUAUGUCACCACUUAACUCUGUGCUCAUGAAAAAAAUUGUGACGCUGGGCCAAUGCUAUGUAUGUAUCGCCUGUCAAUCCCUUACUGGUGGUGUUAUGGUGUCUACAGUUUUAUCUAGCUCUGUGUCUGUGUGCGUGCAUGCGCCUGUGCCUGUGUGAGAGUGUGCAAGUAUGUGUUAGCGUUCAUCAGGACUGUCCUGUUACUAGCUCCAUGGUACGAAGGCCUCCGGGUCCCUGUUUCCUAUUAUUUCAGAAUAAUGCAUAACCCCUAUUUCCUUUCUUAGCAUUACCAAAACGUCAAAGGUGAAAUGGGUAUGUGUGGUUUAAUGUACCUGUUGGCAGGUGCUUUGACAACUGUGGCGGAAAGGUACACCCAAUGUACUACAUUAUAAGCUAAAUUAAGUGAAAUAAUGUGGAUUUAGGACUUUAGGACUUACAGUAUAUAGUAGACUCGUGUGCCAGGUGAACGAGACUACUAUAACGUGACUUUAGUCUUUGGCCUGACAAUAAAUAACAUGUAGUCCUCCUGUUCAAAAUGAUCACAUGGUUACAGAUUGGCUACAUUCCCAUUCUCCCGAAGUGUGCAAUCGUAUCCUUGAAUUGCCCCUCAUAGAUUUAAAAGGAAUUAACUUGCACCAAUCCAGUUAUGUGGGGGGGGUGAAUGAGUGUACACUUUUGGAGGGUAGAGAAUCAGAAUGGACGGGGACACAGAUGAUUCCAAGGUGCCUAGUCAUAGGAUGGGAGAGGGUAAGCCGUGUACUGGGUACGGUAGCAUCAAGUAGAGAAAAUGGUUAGACUGGUGGGCCUAACCUGUCCCUAUCUUCUGGGGGGAAAAAAUCGUAAAAAGAGCUCAGUGAGGGAAAGAGUGUGGUGGACAAUGCAGUAGAAACAAUAAAUAAACAGACAAAAUGAUCUAAUGAGCUGCAUUUGAACUGUGAUACUUACAAUUUUCAGUGUCUUGUUCUCUCUGUAACCAUUUAGUAUACCUACAGUUCCAUAAUGGAAAUCAUAUCCAUUGAACAAUGUAAAUCAGUAUUUAACUGAAUAUAUACAGGGAUGAUUAUUAAACGGGACCCAAAGUGCUCGUGUCUUUUAAAGAACUCAAAUGAUUUAUAAAUGCGGUAAAGAGGCCAAUUGCCUCACGUUCAACAAAUCUGUUCUAACAAAGUGGAUAUUCGGCAAAUCCGCAAUGAUGGAUUUAUUGUAACAGGCUCACAAUCAGUAAGAUUUAGAAAUAUUUAGAUAUAUUUGGAUGUUUUUACAUACCAUUUGGAAGUAGUCCCUUUUCAGGUUUAGAAGAAGUGACUGCUAAAUGCUAGCUCACGUUUAUGAGUGAAAUCGGUGGUGUUAGUCGUUUUUAACUACACUGCUCAAAAAAAUAAAGGGAACACUUCAACAACACAAUGUAACUCCAAGUCAAUCACACUUCUGUGAAAUCAAACUGUCCACUUAGGAAGCAACACUGAUUGACAAUACAUUUCACAUGCUGUUGUGCAAAUGGAAUUCACAACAGGUGGAAAUUAUAGGCAUUUAGCAAGACACCCCCAAUAAAGGAGUGGUUCUGCAGGUGGGGAUGUUCUGGUCAUUUUUGAAUGCUGGUGGUGCUUUCACUCUAGUGGUAGCAUGAGACGGAGUCUACAACCCACACAAGUGGCUCAGGUAGUGGAGCUCAUCCAGGAUGGCGCAUCAAUGCGAGAUGUGGCAAGAAGGUUUGCUGUGUCUGUCAGCGUAGUGUCCAGAGCAUGGAGGCGCUACCAGGAGACAGGCCAGUACAUCAGGAGACAUGGAGGAGGCCGUAGGAGGGCAACAACCCAGCAGCAGGACCGCUACCUCCGCCUUUGUGCAAGGAGGAGCACUGCCAGAGCCCUGCAAAAUGACCUCCAGCAGGCCACAAAUGUGCAUGUGUCUGCUCAAAUGGUCAGAAACAGACUCCAUGAGAGUGGUAUGAGGGCCCGACGUCCACAGGUGGGGGUUGUGCUUACAGCCCAACGCCGUGCAGGACGUUUGUCAUUUGCCAGAGAACACCAAGUUUGGCAAAUUCACCACUGGUGCCCUGUGCUCUUCACAGAUGAAAGCAGGUUCACACUGAGCACAUGAGACAGACGUGACAGUCUGGAGAUGCAGUGGAGAACGUUCUGCUGCCUGCAACAGCCUCCAGCAUGACUGCUUUGGCGGUGGGUCAGUCAUGGUGUGGGGUGGCAUUUCUUUGGGGGGCCGCACAGCCCUCCAUGUGCUCGCCAGAGGUAGCCUGACUGCCAUUAGGUACCGAGAUGAGAUCCUCAGACUCCUUGUGAGACCAUAUGCUGAGGCAGUUGGCCAUGGGUUCCUCCUAAUGCAAGACAAUGCUAGACCUCAUGUGGCUGGAGUGUGUCAGCAGUUCCUGCAAGAGGAAGGCAUUGAUGCUAUGGACUAGCCCGCCCGUUCCCCAGACCUGAUUCCAAUUGAGCACAUCUGGGAUAUCAUGUCUCGCUCCAACCACCAACGCCAGGUUGCACCACAGACUGUCCAGGUCUGGGAGGAGAUCCCUCAGGAGACCAUCCGCCACCUCAUCAGGAGCAUGCCCAAGCGUUGUAGGGAGGUCCUACCGGCACGUGGAGGCCACACACACUACUGAGCCUCAUUUUGACAUGUUUUAAGGACAUUACAUCAAAGUUGGAUCAGCCUGUAGUGUGGUUUUCCACUUUAAUUUUGAGUGUGACUCCAAAUCCAGACCUCCAUGGGUUGAUAAAUUUGAUUUCCAUUGAUAAUUUUUGCGUGAUUUUUGUUGUCAGCACAUUCAACUAUGUAAAGAAAAGUAUUUAAUUCAUUCAGAUCUAGGAUGUGUUAUUUUAGUGUUCCCUUUAUUUUUUUGAGCAGUGUAUAAUGCAUAAUGCACUUGACUGGUGACGAUGAAUGGACAUGCAUUGGGCUUGACAUCCAUACAAGCAUGGUACUCCAAUUUUUACCUCGACAUAGGCUAUUGUUUACAUGUGUAUUUCACACUUAAGUGUCGUAUCAUUUUGCUGGGGGGUAAUGAUGAGAUUCGGGAAUGUUCCCCAUAUGUUUAUAUGGCAUUUCCAUUGACCUCUUUACCGCAUCUAUGGUCAAGAUUUCUGAUUCCUGAUUUCUGUCACGUGCUGGUUUUUGAUGACGAGCAGAAACAAUAUAUUGUAUGUCAGUGUGUUAUUGUGCUGACUGUAUGUCAUUUCAAAUCAUCAGUGAAUGAUGACUCAUGAAUGAAACAAAUGGAGGGAGGGGUAGUAUUUUGUUCUUUCAAGAGAGAAACCUUGUGUGUGUAUAUAUAAAUGUGAUCAAAUGCAUUGGCUUUUUUGUGACACUCUUCCUUGUACUGUGUCUUAGUUAAAUGUUUAUUAAAAUGGUAUUGAUCAAUUUUA